AACAAUCUAGACCGGAAAAGUCCAACACGACGUGUCUUUUCUGUCGCAUGCCUUGAUUCAAACAUAGUUUAAGACAUACCUGCACACAAAAAAUGCUUCCCGUCCACAAAGGAGAUAAAGUCCAUCGCCCGGGAUGGGGAGUAGCAGAGAAACUCAAGGCUGCGAUGAGAUUGAUAUUCUCAGAGAAGACAUCAAGGAAUAUAUUCUUCUUUCUUCUAUUGAAUCUUUCAUUUGCAUUUGUUGAACUGACAUAUGGUAUCUGGACAAACAGUUUGGGACUCAUAUCUGAUUCCUUUCACAUGUUUUUCGACUGCACAGCUUUAUUAGCAGGUCUUGCAGCAUCUGUAAUUUCAAGAUGGCGAGCAACAGAAAAUUACUCAUAUGGUUACGUGAGAGCAGAAGUAAUGGCAGGAUUUGUUAAUGGAUUGUUUCUCUUGUUUAUUGGGUUCUUUAUUUUCUCAGAGGCAGUUGAGCGUUUAGCAGAGCCUCCAGAAGUAAAACAUGAUCGAUUGUUUAUUGUAUCUGUUGCUGGAUUCCUUGUAAAUCUGGUUGGAAUCUUUGCCUUCCAACAUGGACAUGGUCACUCUCAUGGGGGAGGAGGGGAUGAUCAUGGACAUUCUCAUGGAGGACAUGGACACAGUCAUGGAUUAGGUUUAGAAAAGAAAGACGAAGGUCAUGGCCAUUCACAUGAAAGUAGUAGUCAUGGACAUUCACAUGGAGGUCAUGCUCAUGCACAUAAUCCAGCAAAUGCUUCGCAAAAACAAAUCAUGCAAGGUGUAUUUUUACAUAUAAUGGCUGAUACAUUAGGUAGUGUAGGAGUUAUUAUAUCAUCAGCUCUAAUUCAUCAGUAUGGCUGGAUGUCUGCAGAUCCUAUAUGUUCUUUAUUUAUAGCAGCAUUAAUUUCUGUCAGUGUUUUACCAUUAUUACGAGAUUCUGUUGGUAUAUUGAUGCAGAGAACUCCACGACAAAUAGAACAUUUAUUACCAGGUUGUUAUACAAAAGUAUCACAGAUAGAUGGAGUAUAUAGUGUACAAGAUCCACAUUUCUGGACUUUAUGUAGUGAAGUAUAUGUAGGAACAAUAAAAGUGGAAGUAGAAGCCAAAGCUGAUACAAGAUACAUUCAAAGUGCUACUCAUAGCAUAUUUGCGCAGAUUGGAGUGAAACAGCUUUACGUUCAAAUAGACUAUGCUGCCAUGUGAGACUAGCCAUGUCAUCAAAACUCAUAAGAUCAAGUCCUUGCCCAAUGGCCAGAGACGAUUAGAGAUCUGCCAUUGUGUUCAAAUUAAUAAUAUAUUGUUUCUAUAACAGGUGUUGUUGUAUUCAUGAGUUUUAAAAUUAUGAAAAUUUUGAACUGCGGUCAAAGUAUUAAUAACACAUUCAGCCAAAAAAGCUUGAACAUUUUUGUUUUAUAUGAGGUCAUUAAAUGACAGAUGCCUCCAAAUAUUGUAAUAGCUGCCGUUUUGGCUUACUUUAGUAUUGUAAUAACCAUUUGAUGAUAACAUUGUAUUUCUUAUCGUAUAAACUGAAACAAAAACAAUUUAAAUGUGUUUUACUCUUCCUUAAUUUCUACAGUACUAAAGUCAAUGUUUAUAUAAUUUUUACUUUAAAAUCUAACUUUAAUUCACUAUAUGUUACGUAAGAAUAUAAAAUCUCAAAAUUUCUGAUAUACCAUCAAAUAGCACACAUUGCAAUCCCAUUAAAAAAAAAAAGAUGGAUGAAAGAUAAGUUCAAUUCUGUGUCCUUACUAACUGAGAAAAGUGCACUACUGUUAACUGUUAUAAUGUGCCUUUUCUCCAAGUUUAUGGACCAGAUAAUGUGAUAGUUAUUUAGAUUUCAUUUCUUUAGAUCACAUGACACUACAUGUAUAAGAGUAGUGAAUGAUUGGGUAUGAUGUAAGGAGGAUGUUGUUGUUAGAAUUAUGUAUACGUUAAAAAUAAAAUUUGUAAUACUAAAAAAGGGAAUUCCAGCUUUAUAGAAGUUUUGCUGAAAACUUGAAUAUUAUAUUUUCUAUGAUUCAGUAUGUUUUAAAAAUUAUUCUGAAGCGAACACUUCUUUUCUUUCUCAAACACUGAUUUUUUCUUUUCUUUCUUUUAAUGAAAUACAUGCAACAUACUACAUUGAAGUUUACAUAAGUUCUUCUCUUGAAAUUGCUCAAUCUUUUAAUCAGACCACCUGAUAUUUCUUCACAUCAAAUAUAUAUUCUUAUAUGAAGUUCUUUCACCUUUUAUUUAUUUAUAUUGCCAUUUAAAAUGAGAACACUUGUAUCCCAGGUACCUAUUUUUUACAUUUUGCCUUUCCUUUUUGAGUGAGCUGUCUAAUUUUGAUUUAAUGAACUAUCUGUUGUUUUAAAUGCUUCUUUGAAAUCUCUAAAUAAUCUUGUUUCACAUUAUGUGGGAUGUUGUGAAUAAUUUCUUACUGUACACGAAAAAAUGUUAAUACAAGUUGAUUUUUAAAACCAUUUAAUAAAAAGUUUAAACAGCAACUCUCUUCAGAAAAUAUAUACAACAAAAAUUGACCAUAAUAAGCUACUGGUACCCUGAACUAUAAACUUGGGGUUACUCUUUUAAGUGAAAGUCUAUACAGGUAUUUAUAAGAAUUAUUGGUUAGCCUGCAUCCAAUCCUGUUUAUUUUACAUGUAUAUGAAUAAUUUUUAUGCAAUAUAUCUUAUACAUGUUUACGCAAUUUUGACUUAACAUUCCACUAUCAACCGUAUAUGCUUAUGAUUCAUAUUAGAGAUCAUUGAAUAAAUGUAUUUCACUUAUUCAGCAAAGUCUAAAUAAAAUUUUCCUAGAUUCUCGUUUCACCCUCUAGCAUUUACUGCCAGCUGUAUUAAAAAAUCUUUUUCACAAUUAGAUAUGGUAAGCCUUUACAGAUUUUUUGUUCUAAAAUUGCAGAAAUAGCUAGAACAGUAGUAUAAUUGUAUUUACAGUAGUUUAUGACCAUUGAAAAGUGAAAAAAGGUGUUGUUUUUAUUGAAUAUCAAUUUUGUCAAUUUCUCUACAAGAAACAGCAUUCUAGUAAAAAAAAUCAAGUUUAUAAAAAAGAUGUCCAGAAUCUAGAAAUAUAUUAUUAUGACUUAAACAUGGAUAACUCUAUAUGACAAAAUUUAAAUAUUUGUCUAGGGUGCUUACUGUAGGAUUUGUACAUACUUUGAAUGGUAAUGGUCGUUUCUCAUUUUUUUUUUACAUUGUUUCUACUCAAAUCUUUAUCAGCAAGAUUAAAACACUCAACUGUUGAGUAACAUUAUUCAUAAAAAAGUGAAAGGCUUAUGUGAAAAAUUUCACUGUUGUAAAGUUAUCGUUUUAAUAGCUUCAUAUAUCUUUGAAUAACCAAAAUGUAUGUUUGUUAAUAGUCAUUUUCAGUACAUAGAACUUUUCACUCGUUGAUCUGAUCUCAUUUUUCUUUUUCAUAUUUCAUAACUAUAAAUAUGUAUUACAACAAGAAUAUUUUACAUAUUUCCUCCAGUUGUGAUAUUUUUUAAAUCUACUUUAAAAAAUGAAUUAUCUCCCUUAAAAUCUUUGCAUCAGUAUGUAUCUGCUAAUGUACAUUCUAUGAAUAAUCAUGUGAUAAUAAAUUUAAAUGUUGGUGCAUGAACACACAGAUUCAAUCUGUGUUAAAAAAAAUGUGCUCCUUCAUUGUUGUAUUCUAGUCAUAGAAAAUACAUGUUUUGAAGGCAAACAAUCUAUUAGUGUAUUUAUGACUUAACUAUGAUUUUAUUUAUGUAAAUGAUAUUGUUUAUUUGUAGAUUCAGACAUGUUUGUUUUUUUUAAAUGUUGUUCAAGAAUGUAUUUAUUUUGAAUAUCAAAAAGCCUUGAUAAACGAAAUUUGUAUAUGGAAUGUGGUUGCCAUGUUUACUGUAAACAAUCAUACUAUAUGUUUAUCUGGUAGUAAACGUAAUCUUUAUUUAUGAAUUAUGGCUCAAUAGAGAUUAUCAAUAAAUAAAUAAGAACAUUCUAGUAAUUUUCUCUUGACUGAAAUCCAAUACUCAUCAUUGGAAUUUUUUGUUUUGAUCCAAAUCAAGAUUUUUACACUCAGAGAGAAAGACAAUUUUUAGGUAGGCAGAAAAGAUAAAAAAAAAAAUUUUGCAUUUUUUUUUACUUGACAAGGCAUUUUCUGAAAUCAUUUUCUGCAUUCAUGUCUUAUAGUAUUUAGUUGAUAGCAUUUUUUACAACUUCUAUAUGUAUGUUGGGCUUAUUCGUGUCUCUAAAAAUAUAAAAUGUUAAGCUAAGACACAUACCCUUGUAAAGAAAGGUAUCAAGGGCUGAACCCUGUUUACACAAUAUGUACUUAAAUAUAUUUUUCUAGCCGGAUAGUAAAAUAAGUUGUAGAAUGAUAUUAUGUAAACAUUUUUCUUUAAAGAAAAACAUGAACUGUAUUAAUAAUUGUAGCAUGUUAAUGGUGUAUUAUACAUAUUCAAAAGAUUUUAAUUGUCUCAAUCCAAAGACAAAUGCUUAUGUAAAUGUGAAAAAAAUAAUAUUGGGGCAUUGUUUACAAUGUGCAGACUGAAAAAUAUGUCUGCUGCUCCUGUGGAUUAUAGCAGGUGUUUAGGAAAUCAAGGUGCUGGUUAGAGCUGUGAAAAAAUAAAAAUGUUAUGAAAUGUGCAAA